GAACAGAGCUAUUUUGUAUCCAGCUUCCCUCACUUUACUAGCGUUCAAAAUCCCAGUUUUUAAUGAGCUUGGACGGGACUUCUCUCCGGUUCUAACCCCCUUGGAAAUCCGAGAGACCACCUGGCGCCUGCGCAUAGUGCCGCGCGCGUGCCCCGCCCUUCGCGCAUGCGUGCCCUGCCCCGCGGCCACGACGCCUUUGCCACGUCAUCGGUGUUUUUGGGUCAAGGGCUGCUGCUGGGAUUGUCAGCUCCAUUUUGUGGUCGGUGCCCGUCGCAAUCAGCUGUGUCUUCCGGAGGUCGCAUUGCAAGCUUCGUCUCCGUCGGCUUAGAGUCUCCAGCAGGACGAUGAGACACUCGAAGAGAACUUACUGUCCUGACUGGGAUGAAAAGGACUGGGAUUAUGGAAAAUGGAGAAGCAGUAGCAGUCAUAAGAGAAAGAAGAGAUCAUAUAGCAGUGGUCGAGAGAACAAGCAUUGCAAAUACAAUCACUCUAAAACAUCUGAUAGCUAUUACAUGGAAAGCAGAUCUAUAAAUGAGAAAGAUUAUCAUAGUCGACGCUAUAUUGAUGAGUACAGAAAUGACUACAGUCAAGGAUGUGAACUUGGACAUCGCCAUCGAGAUCAUGAAAGCAGAUAUCAGAACCAUAGUAGCAAGUCCUCUGGUAGAAGUGGAAGAAGUAGUUAUAAAAGUAAACACAGGAUUCAGCACAGUACUUCACAUCAUCGCUCACAUGGGAAGAGUCACCGAAGGAAAAGAACCAGGAGUGUAGAGGAUGAUGAGGAGGGUCACCUGAUCUGUCAGAGUGGAGACGUACUAAGUGCAAGAUAUGAAAUUGUUGAUACUUUAGGUGAAGGGGCUUUUGGAAAAGUUGUGGAAUGUAUCGAUCAUAAAGCGGGAGGUAGACAUGUAGCAGUAAAAAUAGUUAAAAAUGUGGAUAGAUAUUGUGAAGCUGCUCGCUCAGAAAUUCAAGUUCUGGAACACUUAAAUACAACAGACCCCAACAGUACUUUCCGCUGUGUCCAGAUGUUGGAGUGGUUUGAGCAUCAUGGUCACAUUUGCAUUGUGUUUGAACUACUGGGACUUAGUACUUAUGAUUUCAUUAAGGAAAAUGGUUUUCUGCCAUUUCGACUGGAUCAUAUCAGGAAGAUGGCAUAUCAGAUAUGCAAGUCUGUGAAUUUUUUGCACAGCAAUAAAUUGACUCACACAGAUUUAAAGCCUGAAAACAUCUUAUUUGUGCAGUCUGACUACACAGAGGUAUAUAAUCCCAAAAUGAAACGUGAUGAACGUACCUUAAUAAAUCCAGAUAUUAAAGUUGUAGAUUUUGGCAGUGCAACCUAUGAUGAUGAACAUCACAGUACAUUGGUAUCUACAAGACAUUAUAGAGCACCUGAAGUUAUUUUAGCCCUAGGAUGGUCCCAACCAUGUGAUGUCUGGAGUAUAGGAUGUAUUCUUAUUGAAUACUAUCUUGGGUUUACAGUAUUUCCAACACAUGAUAGUAAGGAGCACUUGGCAAUGAUGGAAAGGAUUCUUGGACCCCUACCAAAACAUAUGAUACAGAAAACCAGGUAUGUUUUAGUUAAUUAAGAGGUAGCGGGGCUGUGGGGGCUGAGGAUAUAGCUUAGUUGGGUAGGCACAAGGCCAUGAGUUCCCCAGUACCUAAAAAAAAAAAAAAAAAAAAAGGAGUGCCAUCCUUUUUAUAACUUGGUUAAUUGUUUGGAUGAGAACUUUAGUAAACAAAUCACACUAGUGCAUUUUCAGUUAAGUAAUAGAUGACUUUUGUGGGGAGUGGAUAACUCUGUACCUUAGCUACAUUUUAAACCUCUUAAAAGCAUUGAUCUUUCUAAAGUGUAGUAAAUGGUAGAACCAAUCACCUUUGCUAGAUGUUUUUAAAGUUUCAAUAUCAACAUAAAUAAUAAAAAUCGGGCUGGGGA